AUGCAUGAUUUAUUUUCAGGUACAGAAAAUGAAUGUAUUCCGAGAAAAUUUCCAGAUGGAAUAGUUUGUGUUUGUAACUCGACAUAUUGUGAUUCAAUAGGAGUUGAUGUGCCACCAAAAGGAAAAUUUCGUAGUUAUAUAUCAAGUGAAGAUGGAAAAAGAUUUAAAAUUGAAGAUGGUGAUUUUAACAAUGAUACAAGUGAUAAUGAAAUUAUAUUAAAUUUGAAUUCAACAAAAAUUUAUCAAACAAUCAAAGGAUUUGGUGGUGCAUUUACUGACUCAGCAGGCAUUAAUAUUAACUCAUUAAGUAGUCUCACUCAGGAACAAUUACUACAAUCAUAUUUUAGUAAAACAGGUAGUGCAUAUUCAAUUGUUCGUGUUCCAAUUGGUGGCAGUGAUUUUUCAAUAAGACCCUACACCCUAGACGACACUCCAAAUGAUAUUGAACUUUUAAAUUUUAAUUUAACUAUCGAAGAUAAUGAUUAUAAAAUACCAUAUAUAAAACGAUCACUCGAAAUAAAUCCACAAUUAAAAUUUUUUGCAACAUCUUGGUCAGCACCAGCUUGGAUGAAAACAAAUAAUAAUCUUCGUGGAUUUUUAGGAAGAUUAAAAAAAAAAUACUAUCAAUUAUAUGCUGAAUAUCUUGUUAAAUUUUUAGAAAGCUAUCAAGAUCAAGGUCUAUUUAUUUGGGGUAUUUCAACAGGCAAUGAACCAACAAGUGCACUUAUACCCUAUCCAACAAUUAAUACCAUGUACUGGACACCAAAAGAUGUUACAAAAUGGAUAAUUAAUAAUUUAGGACCAACAAUUGAAAAAUCAAAUUCAAAUGAGACAAUUAUUCUAGCUCUUGAUGAUCAAAGAUAUCUUUUACCAGAUUGGAUUGAUGAAAUGUACGAAAAUAAUAAUUUAAUUGAUAAAUAUUUAUCUGGUAUUGCAGUACACUGGUAUGGAGAUUCAUUUUCAAAUGUCAAUGUUAUUGAUCAAACUCACGAAAAAUAUUCUAAUAAAUUCAUACUAAUGACUGAGGCAUGCUCAGCUGAUUUAUCUUCAACAACAUCAAAAGUAAAACUGGGCUCUUGGGAACGCGGUGAAGCUUACAUCAAGUCAAUUAUUGAGGAUAUGAAUCACUGGGUCACCGGUUGGAUCGAUUGGAAUUUAGUACUUGAUAAAUACGGUGGGCCAACUUGGGUUGGUAAUAACGUUGAUUCACCAAUAAUCAUAAAUUCUGAUUAUGAUGAAUUUUUUAAACAACCAAUGUAUUAUGCACUUGCUCAUGUUAGUAAAUUUGUUCCACCAAAUUCACUCAAAAUUCAACUUGAUAAUAACAACACUGAUAAUCAAAUUCAUGCAACUGCGUUUAAAAGACCUGACGACAAUAUUAUUAUAUUAUUCAAUUAA